AUGACACUCCGGGAAGAGUUCGCGACGAGAAACUUCAGCAUCUACGGACAAUGGCUCGGUAUCCUGUCCAUGAUCUUGUGCUUUGCCCUCGGCAUUGCCAACGUCUUCACAAUCCACGUCGGCGUCAUCGUCUUUAGUGCAGUCUGCCUUGCCUUCUCGUUUAUUAUCCUCUUCAUUGAGGUCCCUUUGCUGCUGCGCAUCUGCCCGACGUCGUCCACUUUCGACGCGGCCAUCCGCCGCGUCUCCACAAACUGGAUGCGCGCCGCCGCCUACGGUGGCAUGGCCCUGGUCCAGUGGUUGAGCAUCCUCGCCUCGCGUACAAGUCUGAUUGCCGCUGCCGUCUUCUUGUCGCUGACGGGCAUCUGCUACCUGUUGGCUGCGAUCCGUGGCCAGGACUUUGUCGGUAGUAAGACGCUCGGCGGUGCCGGCGUGGCGCAGAUGAUUGUAUAA